AUGCUCGCCGAAACACCAGGAGAUGCUUGGCACUACCUUUCCCAAUCUGGUAACUGCGCUCCAAGCACCUGCCUCGGGUCCUACCACAACCUCUCACGCGCCUUCUGCUUUUUGUCCCUGCUUACUCUCUGUCUACACAAACGUACCCUUGUCGCUGUUAUUCGACUUGUUGGAACUUCGAGAAUGGCCAUGCAGUUUAACGCACAGCCUGCCGUCCAGGACCCGCGCUUUGCCCCCGAUGCUGGUACUAGUGGCACCCCUCCACAAGCCUCAGACAACGAUCCGUCUGCCCUGUCUGCCACAAGAGAACAUGUCAAUAUCGACAGACAGUGUGCUGUUCCUCAGUUCAACGGGGUCCCAUGUCCUGCUCCUCUUGCUUGCCAGUCCCACACCAUCCGCGACAAGCACAUUGUCCCUGGCAGAAGUGCUCCGCUAGAACAACUUAUGGCAUCCCAACAGCAAGAGACAAUGCAACCUUCCCAGCAGUAA